AUGUCUCAGCGCUAUGAGACAAUUCAAAAGAUCCAAGACUCCCUCUCGGCUUCCAGCAUGACUGAGGCCAUCGCCAUUGAACAGGCUGCCUACCAAAUCUCUUCUACUCAGGAAGAGUAUAAUCUCGCCUGUCAACCGACAUCAACUCCUACACCCCCGCUGUCACAGGAAGUAGAGAGUGAGAUCGGCUCUGGCAUUAGGAUUGGGUCGUACAAAAACUGUCGACCCGUGUCAGAAGGUGUCACUUCAGAGGUUUACCGCUCAGCCGACAAAGCUCUCAAAGUUAUUGUCACGUACCAGGAUAUCGAGCCUCAUAAUCCUCAGCGCGAAGCAAAGAUUCUCAAGACGCUGCGAUCACCAUGUAUCCCUCUUCUCGAGACCUUUCGCGACCAGGAACAGCGAUUUGUUCUCGUCUUUCCUUUUAUGCCAUACACUCUAGCCGAUGUACUCGCCCAAGGACCUCUACCUCUAGACUCUGUGCGGUCAAUCUUUCGGGACAUCCUGCAAGGUCUAAAAGACAUACACACUCAAGGCAUCAUACAUCGAGACAUCAAGCCAUCAGCCAUCCUCCUCUCUUCUCCCACAGGCCCAGCAUAUCUCUCUGACUUUGGCACAGCGUGGCACCCCGAGCUAUCAAUCCACUCAGAGCCAGCCGACGACAAGAUUCUCGACAUUGGAACUGGUCCCUACCGCGCAAUCGAUGUGCUCUUUGGCCACAAAUCCUAUGGACCUGAAGUCGACAUGUGGGGGUUAGGAAUCAUGCUCUCAGAAGUUCUUCGCGAUCCCCCUACCCCCAUAUUCGAGUCCCGUGCCGUUCACGAAGAUGGUAACCAGCUGGGUCUCAUUCUUAGCAUCUUCAAAACCAUUGGAACACCUACUCCCGAGACAUGGCCUGAGGCAAAGCAGUUCAAGGUCGCUCCCUUUGAGCUCUGGACCAGCUUCCCCGGUCAAAACUGGGAGGAGCUUCUGCCCAACGUGCAUCCCGACUUUAUAGAUCUCGUGUCGUCACUUGUGCGAUAUGAUAGUCAGCGACUUACUUCCACACAGGUAAGUUCCCUCACUUUGUUGCGAAUUAAUGACUAA